AUGCCUAAACGGUGUGUCGUUUACGGUUGUUCCAACGUUGCUGACACAAACAAGGGUAUUUCUAUCUACCAAAUACCUUUUUGGGAUGAUAAUUCGCCCGUAGCGGUCAGGAGAAGGAAAAUAUGGCUGAGCUUUGUUCGACGCAGACGGGAUAAAUGGAUCCCAACUAGCUCGUCGGUUGUGUGCUCAAAGCAUUUCACUGAGGAUUGUUUUGUUUACGGUUCCGAAAGUGUGGAAAAGUACAACACUCCGAGACUUAAGAGAGAUGAACAUGGGAUUUGUGUCUUUCCUACAGUAGAUACAAAUCAACUUUCUGGCAGUGCGGAAUCAGAGCGCACGAGUCGCAUGAAGCGAAGGAAGGUAUUGUAAUAUAAGCUGAAUACUUUGUUUAUUCACCCGUAUUAAACUCGCAUCAUUCGCGCGUUUAUUUACAUAUAUUUGAAUAUUUGAUUUGUGAAUCCAACCUUUUCCUGUUAUAAACUUAUAACGUAUUUGCAUAAAGUUUAAACGCUCUUAUGAAGUUAUGUCGUGUAAACAGAGUCAGUAUAUUAUGGCUUUAAUUAAUACUGUAUGUUGUUGUAUCACACAUGGGCCAACGAAAUUUAUUAGUAAUUUUAUUAUACCCUUUUAUUAUACCCUGUGGCUGUGACUACUUGAUGUUUCAAUUUAAAACUAGUCAGGAAAAAAAGUUAAACACAAUUCAAGUGAAGUUAUUAAGGCAAAUAAAAAACUGGCCCAACACGGCCAGGUCAAGUACUGUAGUCACUCUGUACAAGUACUGCCGGUCAAGUACUGUAGUCACUCUGUUUAUUACUGUAUGAGACUAAUCUUUUGGUUUUAACUUGAUACGACAACAGGAACUUUUUGGAAACUCUGAUGAAACACUGACAACAUCAACUGCUGAUGAGCCAGAUGUUGAACCUUGCACAUCUACAGAACAAGGAGAAAUGGUAUGGUUGUUGGUGUCGACAAACAAAGUUUCAAUAGUGCUAUGUGCUGUUGUUAUGACUAUCCACUUUUAGAGCCAUAAGCCAUUAUAGCUUUGGUUUAGUAGUAAAUGAGUUUAUAUGAGAGUAAAUAAAUAUAAAACAUUUUCUGUGUUUGAGUUUACCCAAUUUGCCACUUGUGUUGAUAUAACUGUAAUAUUUUAUCAAUACAGAAAAAAUGUUAUAUAUGUUUUAGAAUAUAGCACAAAGAAUAUAGCACAAAGAAUAUGCAGGAAAUUUUUGUGGGAAAUUUUCCGUGUUUGCCAUUGAGUUAUGUCAACACGCCUCUUAGCCAAUCAGCGUUCAGAAUUUACAAAUGAUAUAUUCUAAACAUGUAUUCUAUUCUUGUGCAAAUUCUACAAAUUAUACAUCAGAACAUUAACAUUUAACCAUUAAUAUGUCUUUACUUCAUCCAUAGAUCACAGAAACUGUUGAGUUGACGAAUGUGACAACUGCAAGCUGCUUAAAAAGGAAAACUUAAGAAUCCGCAGUUGGUGGCAUACAUCCAAGCAGAAACUUGAUGCUGUCAGAGAAGAGCUAAGAAUUCUCAAGGGGAUGACUGGUAAAGAUAUUAUCAAAAUCUUUAAAACCCUAUUACAUUUCUACAUUUUACUUACACUCUUAGACUGAAAUUGUUUGGACAGGUUCAUAAAAACGUAGCUGUAUGCAUUUAUCCAUGCAUUUUACUUGGUACAUGUAAAAAACUUCCACAAUGCUAUAACAGUGAAAAUAUAAUAUUUCAAUCUUACAUGCCAAUAGCUUUUCCAUAUCGUUUCAUUGUAAAAGUGAGCUGUAAUGUGCUUGUUCGGGUAGUUCUGUCAAUGAUUGUAGUUUUAUAUUGGAAUUAGCAUGGAUACUAAUGAAUUAAAAUCGAUAAAUUUAUUAUUGCAACAGGUGAGAGCAGCAGGGAGGAUAUUCAUGGUGGUAAUGAGGGCGAUGUUGAAAGCGAUGUUGAAAGCGAUGUUGAAGAAGUUGAGUGUGAAGAAUUGUCUGAUGAUGUCGGUGAGAUGGAAACUGAGACUGAAACCUCAGAUACUGAAACCUCAGAUACUGAAACCGAUGAAGACACAAGUGUGCCGCCACAAAGGCAAGGAAUAAAUUUACUUUUUUAG